AUGGUUCAGGUCACUCGGAACGAUAUAAUGUUUAAACCGAAAGGAAGAGCCGAUGGCGACUUAGUUAGCAGUUUUAGCGACGUUUUGGAGGAACGUGGGGGGAGGGUUGCAAGAAGAACCGGAUUCUUACCCUGCUCUUGCGCGUUACUCGUUCUGCGUGUGAAGAAGAAAGAACCUUCUCUGAUUGUGUUAUUGUUUCUCUGCCCGCUUCCAUGAUUCGGGUGAUGCCGUCGUUAUUAAUGAGAUAUCAUCGCCGGUUUAAUCGAUAACCCACAGGUCGAAAAGUGAAAGUCGACUGUAAACAUUGUCACACAGCUUUAUUUACUGCAAUUUCGGUAUAUUUGAAAAGUUUUUCGAAUUUUGUUUUCAAUCUAUUGAUUUUGUGAUUUUUCGUUAUUCUACCUUUUUUUUAAAUACGGUAUUCUAUAGUAUUUUGCAUCGAUUUCGUUUUCAAAGGUCUCUAAACUGUUUAUCUUAAGGUGGACUGGACUUGAAGUCUCAAGAAGCAGCGCUUCGUCUUGGACUGGAUAUUGUUGUAGCCACGCCAGGACGUCUGAUCGACCAUCUCCACAACUCACCGUCCUUUUCUCUGGUCGAUGUUGAGGUUCUGGUAUUGGAUGAGGCCGAUCGAAUGUUGGACGAUCAGUUUGCCGAACAGAUGAAGGAGAUCAUUCGGUUGUGUUCGAAGAGCAGACAAACCAUGUUGUUCUCGGCUACAAUGACAGACGAGGUAAGUGUAUUUGUGGCAAUGAAUAGUCAUGAUAAAGGUACUUGAUGUAAUACUACGCAAGAUUUUAAAUUUGAAAUGCUUUUAGAUAGAAGACUUGAUCAAAAUGUCAUUGGACAAGCCUGCUCGACUGUUUAUCAAUGAAAACACAGAGACCGCAACUAACUUGAGACAAGAGUUCAUCAGGGUCAGAGAAGGCAGGGAAGGGGAUCGUGAAGCUGUUGUAGCAGGUAAUGGUUUAAUCCUUAUGUUUACGCUUUGAUUUAGAAUAUUAAUUUAAAUCUGGUGUCCUUGAUCUUUUAAUUUUUUCAAUUUCCACUAAAUAAGGCCUUGUUUUAGCACUAGUAACUCGUACUUUUGUGGAUCAUACUAUCGUGUUUGUUAAAACCAAACGUGACUCUGAACGUAUGAACGUCUUGUUAGGAUUACUGGGAGUUAAGGUUGGCCAACUUCAUGGUGGAUUAACCCAAGCACAGAGAAUCCACGCCCUCACAGAGUUCAAGGCAGAACAACUUGACGUACUCGUUUGUACUGAUCUGGCUUCCAGAGGUUUGGAUAUCGAAGGAGUGUUAACGGUACUGUUCUUUUGGUAUUCGUUUUUAUUGAUGUAAUUUAAACAUUAAGGAAUGCAAUUGUAUUUUACCGGAUGAAAAAACUUUUUAUUUAUAAUUUAAUGUUUAGGUUAUAAAUAUGCACAUGCCAAUGUCGAUCAAGCCUUAUGUACACAGAGUCGGUCGUACUGCUCGUGCCGGAAAGAGUGGAAGGUCAAUUUCGUUGAUAGGAGAAGAUGACCGCAAGUUACUUAAGCUCAUCUACAAACAGAACAAGGGCAAAUCACUCAAGAUUAGAAAUAUCACAGGAGGUAGGGCAAUGUUCAUUGUGAAUAUAAAAUGUGCAUAUUUAAAAAUUUUACGCAAAAAUAUAUUGUUCUUGUUCUUUAGCUAAAUCCUUAUUUUAUAGAUGUUUUGACCGCGUAUUCGGAACGUAUAAAGAACCUGGAACAAUCGGUGACCAAGGUACAACAAGAAGAGAAGGAAGAGAAGGCACAGCGUCAAGCCAUGGAUGCCCUGAGCAAAGUAGAAGGCAAGCUGAACAACAAACCAGAUGAGAGGGAAGGUCGAGUAUGGUUCCAGACCAACAUCGAGAAGGCGGCCGAGAAAAGUAAGGCUUCUGAUGAGUUAUUAUAAAGUAUUUGUAGGGAAACUGAAGAAGGCUCAGAAGAUGCUGAAGCAGAAGCAAAAGGAAGCUGCCAAAACUGUAAGUUAAAUUUAGACUGCAGUAAUGACAUGGUAAACCUAAAGCAAACAAAGUAAAAUCUUCAAACUGAGAAAAAAAAUUAAAGGUUGUUUAACGACGAAAUAUUAAUUUAUGUUAAACUGGUUUAUUGUCAUCAAGACUCAAAGGUCAACAAGUUCCAGUGAUCUCACUUGAUCAACACUUGAUUAUUUUUAGCCUGAAGAACGGUCCAUCCAGAACACAAUGUCAUAUCAAGUUAGGAGAGCGAAGAAGGAGAAGAGACCCAAGAGGCUGCGAGCAGUCGAGGAUGACGUUCCGACCAGAGGCGUGAGGAAGGGACGAGUGAUCAAGAAGAAGAAGUCAUCCUUCCUCGGAGCCCUCACCAAAGUGGACAAGAAGUCCGUCAAGAACAUUCGCUAUGGGUGAGUCUUAUGAACAAACAACAAUAUUUGCGAGAGAACACUGUAGCAUAAACAAAGUAUCAAAAUAGACAUUAGGAGUUGAACUGGUACACAAUAAAGUAACUUCUUUCAGCCCUGGAGACAAAGACUUCCACAAGGCCAAGAAGGGCAUGAAGGCGAAGGGAGCACUGAAAGGACCCAGAAUGUAA